AAAAUUCCAUUUUGAGAUCGCAACAUCUCAAUCUUCACACAUACCUACGAUGUUGCGACCGAGAUUAAGGAUACCGAGAGCGAGCCGAUUAUGGCGUCCAGCAACACAAUCACGAUCAAUACACCAUGUCCCUCCUUUAAGUCAAUUCAAACCAGAGGAAGGUGUUCCUGAAUUACUAUCUCGAGGAGGCUACGACUUUGCAUGGACACAAUAUAUGCAAUUUGUUAUAGAAAGACUCAAUGCUCUAACUGCCGGCACUGAGUUCGAAGAACAAGCCCCAUUAUCGAUCCUCAAAGCGACCGCACGAGAGCCUUCUCAGGCACCUAUCUUUAACUAUGCCUCCAUGGCACAUAACAACCACAUGUUCUUCCAGAACCUCGCCAACGUAAAAGCAGUUGGACAAGAAAACCCAGAAAACCCCGAGGACAGAAUCCCUUCACGACUAAAGAUUGAACUCACAAAACAGUUCAGCUCGAUCGAAACACUCCGCCGCGAAGUCCUCGCCACGGCAAUGGGCAUGUUCGGCCCGGGAUUCGUAUGGCUAGUCAAGAACGCGCAGACGACUAAUUUCCGCAUUUUAACAACAUACCUAGCAGGUACCCCUUACACGGCAGGACACUGGCGUCGCCAAGGAGUAGAUAUGAACACCGAAGGCAUAGGCCAGCCCAGCACAGUCAAUGGCUGGCUUGAACGUACAAAGACCGGAGCUGGCGCGGAUAUUGGCUCUAGAUUUGUAUCUCAAAACCAGACGGGUCCCGGUGGUAUUGAUGUUAUCCCACUCUUAUGCUUGAAUACAUGGGAACACGUGUGGCUGCGAGACUACGGUAUCGGUGCUGGUGGUGUAGGUGGAAAGAGACAGUUCGUUGAGGAUUGGUGGAAAGUCAUUGACUGGCACAAGGUCGAAGACUUGGCAAACCUAGAGAGGCGCACGUUCAAGACGUAAAUCAAGGGAGUUUACUAGGGAACCAGCUUGGCUGUGUAUGAUACUCGGAAAAUCCCUUGCAGAUAUGUACAUAUGGUAGGUACCUAACUGGUAGGGAGGCCCAUGUGCUAUAUAUACCAAAAAGUGUAACAUGUUCAAGUAUGUAGUCUAUUACGUGCUAUGGUAAACGAGUGAUAUGUAGGAAAGGC